CUGUUUGCCCUCCCAGCUUUAGCUCUGCCAAAAUGAAACACCUGUUCCACCCACUUCUGGUUUCCUUGAUCAUAACAUCUGUGUGUGUGGGCAACAAAGGUCCACUGGACCAGCUCAAGAAGGGAGGAGAAACUGCUAAGUCCGUGGAUCCCCUGGGGGAGCAGUUAAAUAACAAAAACCUGAGCACACUCGUUCUCCCUGCCGACUUCCACAAGGAAAACACAGUCACCAACGACUGGAUUCCUGAGGGCGAGGAGGACGACGACUAUCUGGACCUAGACAAGAUACUCAGCGAAGACGACGACUAUAUCGACAUCAUCGACAGCCUGCCAGUUUCCCCAACAGACUCGGAAGCAAGUGCUGGCAACAUCCUCCAGCUUUUCCAGGGCAAGAGCCGGAUCCAGCGCCUUAACAUCCUAAAUGCCAAGUUCGCUUUCAACCUUUACCGAGCACUGAAGGACCAGGCCAACACGUUUGAUAACAUCUUCAUGGCGCCCGUUGGCAUUUCUACCGCAAUGGGCAUGAUCUCCCUGGGCCUACAGGGAGAGACCCAUGAACAAGUGCACUCGAUUUUGCAUUUUAAGGACUUUGUUAACGCCAGCAGCAAGUACGAGAUCACGACCAUUCAUAAUCUCUUCCGCAAGUUGACUCAUCGCCUUUUCAGGAGGAACUUUGGGUACACGCUGCGGUCAGUCAAUGACCUUUAUGUCCAGAAGCAGUUUCCAAUCCUGGAUGACUUCAGAACUAAAGUAAAAGAGUACUACUUCGCAGAGGCCCAGGCAGCGGACUUCUCAGAUCCUGCCUUCAUAUCAAAAACCAACAACCACAUCCUGAAGCUCACCAAGGGCCUCAUAAAAGACGCUCUGGAGAAUAUAGACCCCGUUACCCAGAUGAUGAUUCUAAACUGCAUCUACUUCAAAGGAUCCUGGGUGAAUAAAUUCCCAGUGGAAAUGACACACAACCACAACUUCCGUUUGAAUGAGCGAGCAGUGGUUAAGGUUCCCAUGAUGCAGACCAAAGGGAACUUCCUUGCAGCAAAUGACCAGGAGCUUGACUGUGACAUCCUCCAGCUGGAGUAUGUGGGGGGCAUCAGCAUGCUCAUUGUGGUCCCACACAAGCUGUCUGGGAUGAAGACCCUCGAAGCACAGCUGACGCCCCAGGUGGUGGAGAGAUGGCAAAAAAGCAUGACAAACAGAACUCGAGAGGUGCUUCUGCCAAAGUUCAAGCUGGAGAAGAACUAUAACCUGGUGGAGCCCCUGAAGUCAAUGGGGGUCACAGCACUGUUUGACAAAAAUGGCAACAUGGCAGGCAUCUCAGACGAAAAGAUCACCAUAGACCUGUUCAAGCACCAAGGCACCAUCACAGUGAAUGAGGAGGGCACCCAAGCCGCCGCUGUGACCACGGUUGGGUUCAUGCCGCUGUCCACCCAAGUCCGUUUCACUGUCGACCGCCCCUUUCUGUUCCUCGUCUAUGAACACCGCACCAGCUGCCUGCUCUUCAUGGGGAGAGUGGCCAACCCCAGCAGGUCUUAGAGGUGGAGGCCUGGGUGUCUGAGUGUUUUGGGGCACUCUUGUCAUUUUGUUCCCAUUCUAAGGAGAACAUCAUGACCUCUGUGGUUUAUGCUACCAAUCUCAAUUCGGGGUCCAUAUGAGAGAAGGCACUUACAAACGACUGAGAAGUUCAAUUCUGAACUUAGAAUCAAAUCUGCACAGUAACUGAUGCCCUAAGUUUGUAGAAAAGUUAAUGUAACUGUAGCAUGCCAGCUGCUAGCUAGAGGGUCUCAGCAACAGGCAGACCUCACCCCUCCUGCCUCCUCACAGCAAACCUGGCUCUAUUACUCAGAGCCUUUCUCAACCAGGCCCCUCAUCUGAACACUAAACACAGAAAUAGGUCACAUGACUAAUUUCUCACCUCUCCCAAGGAGGGUACAUACUAGCACCCUUCCUGAUGCUCAGGGGAGAAGCAUCCUCUAGACAUAUGAGGGGUGCCCUGGGCUAAUGUUAGGGUUUAAUUCUCUCAAGGCCUGACCUUUCAAAUCCAUGCCAAAUGCCAUCUGUCAUCUCACCUACCUGGAGAACAGUAUGUACACAUAGCCAUGUCUUCCUUCCUAAAGAUAAAUAAACAUAGCUACUUUUCCAUGUUUA